UGCUAUCACUUCGGAUGGUCUCCACAGCCUCCAAUCUGUAAAGAAAAUGUUCAAACUUGUCAGACAUCACCCAGCAUUUUACAUGGCACGGUUACUAGUGUGCUUAAGCAAGUAUAUCAGCAUGGUGAGACAUUGGAAGUUCAGUGUAACAUCUCAUUUGCACUUUAUGGAUCAAAAAUCAUAGAGUGUGUGGAUGGUGAAUGGGCACCCUUACCGUCAUGCACAGAGGAAGUAAAAACUUGUGGACCACCUCCAAAUAUUACAAAGGGAACUAUUAGCAGAUUUAAGUCAUCAUCCACAUACCAGCAUGGUGAAACUGUGAAAUAUCAAUGCCAACCACGUUCUGCCAUUUUUGGGACCAACCCAGCCAAGUGUCUUCAUGGGCAGUGGGAAGUACCAUCAUGUCUUGCUAAUCCACGAAAAUGUACACGUCCAAAGGAAGCAGUUUUUGAACCAGACGCUCAACUUUCAAAGCAGUUUAAGACCAACACAAUUGCAACCUACCGCUGUGGUACCAAUCUACAUGAAACAAAAUGCGUUGAUGGAUUAUGGGUUCCCGAACCACUAUGUAAAGAAACCUGCCCUCCACCACCUCAGCUUCCCAAUGCCAUCAAUAUCGCCGAGAUGAGAAUCUACAGGAGUGGAGAAGAAAUCAGCUUCAGGUGUGAAGAACGUUUCCAUCUUCGUGGGCCACAAAAAAUAAAGUGUGAAGAUGGAAAAUGGCAAACACCUCCACGCUGUCUUGAUUUACGAUGUGACCCUCCUCCUCAAAUUGACAAUGGCAUAGUAAAAAUUGGUAACCACACAGUGUUUUUUUCCGGUGACAGUGUGGAGUAUCUUUGCUGUUCGGGUUUUGAUAUUAGUCAGUCAAAUUCUGUAAAAUGUGAAAAUAGAAAAUGGUCUAAACCACCUGUUUGCAAAG